AUGAAACCUAUACUAGGUGAGAGAUAUGAAAGCCCAACACAACUCAAAGAAUGCAUAACAAAUUAUGCAUUAGCCAAUGGUUACCAAAUAUGGUUCGAAAGGAAUGACCACACUAAGCUAUUAGCRAGAUGUGGAAGGKWWGUUAGUGAUGAUCAACYGAAAURUCCUUGGAGAUUAUGGGCAACUUGGAUGGCAAAUGAGAGAUCGUUCCAAGUGAAAUCUCUURUGGAUGAGCAUAUGUGUGCAAGAAACUUUAAAUUUGGUUCAUUGAUGAACUAUAAGUUUAUUGCUAAGWAGUUUGCCAGUCGAUUGAGGGAAAAUCCUGAUAUGAAGUUAGUAGACUUGCAAUUUGCUGUGAUGAAGAAAUACAAGUGUCUAGUGAGCAUCAACCAAUGUGCUAGGGCUAGGACACAUGCAAUUAGUGAAUUUGAGCAAGGCAUGAAGAAACAUUAUGAUAAACUUUGGGAGUACGGUGAAGAAAUUAGAAGAACCAAUCCUGGAUCUACAGUAAAAAUGAGUGUUGAAGUCAAUCCCGAUGGGAAGACUUACUUUCAAGGCUUCUAUAUAUGUUUACAAGGAUUGAAAGACGGUUGGAUUAGUGGAUGUAGAAGAGUAAUUGGGCUUGAUGGAUGCUUUUUAAAGACAAUAUGCAAAGGAGAGUUGCUUUCAGCGGUUGGUCGAGAUGCCAAUAAUCAAAUAUUCCCAAUUGCCUGGGCAGUGGUGAAUAUUGAAAACAAAGAAAACUGGACGUGGUUUAUUAACUUGUUGAAAGAAGACCUAUCUUUGAAUGAUGGUGUUGGUACAACUUUGAUUUCAGAUCAACAUAAGGGGCUGAUUGAGGCUGUCAAGGAUGUGCUCCCGGUAGCUGAACACAGACAAUGUGCUAGACACAUUUAUGCAAAUUUUAGGAAGAAGUUUAGCGGUGUACAAUUCAGAAACCUUUUCUGGGCAGCCUCUAAAGCGUCAUAUGAACAACAAUUUGAAGAAGUGAUGUCUGAAAUCAAAGUUGUUAAAAAUGUAUUUAGGCUGUUAGAACUGUCCUUUUAUGCUUUUCUUAACUGUUUUGAUUUUUUCCCAUGUGAAAUCAAAGCGGCCAACCUUGAUGCAUAUUUGUACCUUAUGGAGAAAGCACCUCAUACUUGGUCUCGUGCAUUUUUUGAGACGCAUAGAGCCUGUGAUGCUGUCGAAAAUGGCAUUAGUGAGUGUUUUAACUCACUAUUGGUAAAUGCUAGAAGAAAGCCAAUCAUUACACUGCUUGAAGCUAUUAGAGUAAUAAUGAUUGAAAGAAUGGAUAAAAUGAGAGAGAGAUCUGGGAAAUGGAUUUUGGCAUGUACUUCCAUGUGGGGUGAUCUUUUUGAGGUUAAAAGUGGGUUAGAUGCUUUCAUAGUUGAUGUAGAUGAAAGAUCAUGUACUUGUAGAAUGUGGCAACUAUCGGUCAUACAAUCAUUAUWUAAGACCUUUAAACGGAAUCAAAAUGUGRCCGAAAACCAAUCAUAUCAGCCCCUUGCCGCCGUUGCCAAGAAGAUUGCCUGGAAGGCCAAAACUUAA